AAAAAACAGCAAAGAUGAGAAAUUCAUCCCUAUUGUUUGUGAUUUCCCCACUACACAACGAAGCAUAGCGAGAUAGCCAAUUAACUACCUCUCCACUAGAGUGCAGCGGGAUACUUUCAAUCUUCAACUUCCAUUUACUAUAGGCCUUGGGUAAUCGGACAGAGAGACAAAAAGUGAGCAGCAAAAUCAGAGCCAUCAGCAUUACAAAGGACACAUUUACAAGUGUUGUUACCGAAAAUGACUCCCAACCGAGAGCUGAAAGGGAGACACUCUUUGAAGAGUUUUGGAAGAGUUUAUGUCUUUCGCGCAUUCCUGAAGUUGGUUCACUUACAACUUUUGUGACCGCAGUCCUGAAGUUGGCGGGAAUUUACUAAUUAUUUAUUUAAUGUAUUUUUUAAGGAAUUUUCUAAAUCAUUCUAUGUAUAUUUUUUUUAGUACAAUCUAAAUCAUUUUAAGAAAAAGAGAAAGAAAGGAAUUUCCUAAUUAAAUAAAGGGCAAGGUCGCACUAAUUUUGAUUUUAUUAUUAAAUAAUAUCGUUUCUUUCUCCCUCUUUUCCUCUUUUCGGCUUCCAUGUUAAAAUCCCAGCAAGAGGGAAACCCUACCGAAUAGUUGGGGCCUGAGAAUUUGAAUGAUCAAUGCCCAAAAAUAUGGCAUCCAGAAGAGAACUACUGGACCGAUGGAGAAGUAUUGAGGAGGAAGAAGAAGACGAUGACGAUGGUCGUAAUAAUGAUCCCUCUAAAUGCCGUUCUCUUCACCAGAGCAAAGAACAAUGGUUUGUAGAUGCAUUUUCUUAUUUGAUGUCUUUACCAAAAGAAAAUCACAUUUGGUGUGGUUCUUGGGAUUUAAUGGGGCCACUUUUGGAGACAUUCUACAACUACCAUAAAGAUGAGCGUGAUGAUUCUCCUCUAAAACGCCUAUGGAAGAGAAUCUCUGAGGAAAUGGGGCAGUGUGUUCAGUGUAUUACUCAGCAUCACCAAGCCCAAGAAAUGUAUAACAUGGAGUAUGAAUUUAGCUCUAUUAGUCCCCUUCUCGAUGUGUUGAGAAGUCUCGAUGAGGAAAGAGUGACUAUGCACUUAAGGGAGAUAAAUGCUAAAUUAGUGCGAGAAGAUUACAAUCCAGCUUGUGAUAACUAUGAAGUUGUUAGCGUCAUGUAUGAGGUUUUGAUGUUCCCUAUUCUAUUAGAUGAUCAGUCAUUAUUUACAGAAUUUGAACAAUUUAUUGAAGCCAUUGAUAAUGUACAUGAACUUGCUUUGGACGGGCAGCAACAAUUUCCGGGUGUUUAUGCAUUGUUUUUUUUUAAAAGAAGGGUACGCUCGGUUGGUCAUCGGUUAGCUGGAUCCAUGGGAAAAUUGAGGAGAGCAACAGACGUGGAACCUUUACAGCCUUUGAUCAAGAAAUUUAUCAGCUUUCUAGAGGCAGAAGCUUUGCCAUCUGCCACGAAGACUUCAAGACCAAGAGCAGAGCUGGAUCGUGUAUCCAUUUGGCUUGGCAUCAAAUCACUGCUUGGAUUCCUAGAACCUCCAGCUUUUGAAGAAGGCAUAUUAGAGCGCUAUCCUAUUUUUCUUGAUAUCGUACUUAACCAUAUUAGUGGUGAUUCAGUAGAUUUCUCUCAUGCAGUUACAUGCUUGAGGCUACUCUUUGAAAUUCUUGGUUGUAAACUUUGGCUGAGGUCUACAUUGUCUCCAAGUGUGAUGCGCAAUACUCUUUUGGGUCAGUGUUUUCAUUCAAGAAAUGAGAAAAGCCAUAAGGACAUUUUUGAUCUUUUUCAGCCUUUUCUGCAGUCUCUUGAGGCUUUGCAAGAUGGGGAACACGAGAAGCAGCGUAGGCAUUUUCUCUAUUUUCUCCUUCAUCAGGUGCCUGCGAGCAGUAACUUCAGUGUCUUGACAAGGCAAAAGGCUCGCCAGAUAUCCCUUUUUAUUGUGCACCGAGGUUAUGCGAUGAACCCGCCUUGCCCCCCUUUUGAAUGUGCACAUAUGUGGGGCCCUCCUCUAGUUUCAUCUCUGAAGGAUUCUUCACUUCACAAUUCUCUUAGACAACCUGCCAUAGAUCUCAUACAAACUAUUCUUGUAUCUGAUGCUGCUGUCCUAAUAAGUUCAUUACUAAGUUCCUGCCCGCCACCAAGCCCUGGGAGAGGUUUCUCUAAUGAAUUGAAUGAUGAUGAGGACGACAAUAUUAGACUCUUAUUUUCCGAGGAUGUUGAGGAGAAGUAUGAUAGUUCUUGGAGUGACUUCAGCAAACAGAGCAAAAUUGUAUCUCUGGAUUUUGGAGAAUGGAUGUGCAUUCCAAUGUUAUGGAUUGAUGUCCUUGCUGAUAUCAAUCCCUUGGUUCUUCCCCCAUCAUUUUGGAAGGCUGUUUUUUGGGCUCGGUCUCGUUUCUCUAUGGUAGAGUCUGAAUUAAAUUCAGAGUUGGCAGUUCCAGUUAGAACAUGGCUUUUGUCCUCUGAAAUUUCUACAACAUUUGGGUGGAAGCUUCCUACUGGUUCUGAUGAUGGCGGGGAUGUGAAAGAACAGAAAAACUCAAUUAAAGUGUCAACAAUGUCACUUUCCCUAAUUCGAGCAUUCAUCAGGUUAACAGAACAUUUCUUAGUUCAGGUGGGGCACGGUGAACUUCGGAAGCAGUGGACUUGGGAACCAAGGAUGGGCGAAAGCUUGAUCCUUACCCUUUUGGAUUCUAAUGAUGCUGUGAGGCAGUUUGGAAAGUACAUCUUGGAACAUGUUUCUGACACAAAGGGUCUUGCUUGCGGCCUCAAGUUUCUGUGUUCUUCUGGGUCUUCAUUAUCUGCUGUUUUCUUAGGUUUGAGACAUGCUGUGAAAUUGGUCCAAGUGGAUGCUGUCAUACUAAAGUUUCAGAUGUUACAACACUUCUUAUUUGUUCUUCGCAAAUUACUAGAUCAAGGCGAAUUACUUAAUAUAGAUAUGCCAGACAAAUCAUCUGACUGCAUGAGUAAGACAAAAUUUUCGACUCACGGUGGAUUUCUCAGGCAGCCAGUGUUCAAUUCCUUUCCAGCAAGUGUGGAUGAAAAAUUGAUUGAAAAGGACAAAAGGUUACAAGAAAAAUUUUGUUGCUUACUAUCGGAAAUGGCCUGGCCAUGUAUUAAGAGGUGCUUGAUUGAAGGGAAGGCAUCUAUCGGUUACAGUAUUUGUCAGAUGACUUGUGUUCGCUUACUUGAAAUCCUCCCUGUUGUCUUUGAAAGGCUUUGGCCUUCACUCAUAGAGCAGUCUGGCUCCUGUGGAAUAUUGAAAAGUGCAGUUGACUUCUCUUGGCUUCAUGAUCUUGUGGAUUGGGGAAAGUCAUCACUUAAAGUUGUAGUUGUAUACUGGAAACGAGCAGUUGCUUCCUUGCUGAAGUUGCUGAAGGGUUCAUGUCAUAAUGGUAUUGCAUUGACAAUCAAGACCAUUGAAGAACUCAUAUCAUGUGAAAGUGUUUCCAUGGAUGAGUUAACUGAGCAAGUAUCCCGCCUCUCAGUUUCUUUAUCUAAGGAGGCUUCCAAUAGUAUUAAAAAGAGCUACAGUUCUGAAAGAUUAUUUCUAAGGAUGAAAGAGCCUACUGUAGAUGUCCAACCUUGGCCAAUCAAGGAUACAGAGCUUCAACUCGUAGACUCAUCUACAAUAAAUGAUAAAAAGGACAGAUAUGAUUUGAUUGUUCUUUCUGAUGAUGAAAAAGAAGAUUCACCGAGUGAGUUCAUGUUAUCUGAUACUAGUACAGGUCAGUGCAAGUUGGACUACAAAACAGUAACUAGUCAUGUUCAUGAAACCACUUCAAAUGUUGGCCUAAUUAGUGACAGAGUUUGUGGCAAUGACACUUCAAAGGAUAUGUUGAAGGAUAGCCAGCGUGCAGAUGUUACCGAUGGUUCGGCAUCUAAGAUAAACUCUAGUCAACUCACGGGGAAGCUAGCAUCUGUUGCCAUCCCAAAAUUAGGUGUAGAUAAUAAGCAGAAAGAGAGAAUCUCGACAUGUAAUAUAGACAAUUCUUUAGAAUCUCACGGAAGAGUUAAUUUGAAGAAGUCAUCAGAUGGUGCUGUCAGCUUCAACAAGUCAAAUAAAGCUUGUGAGAGUGCAAAGACUAACGAUACUAUAUUACAAAAAAUAGUAUGUGAUACAGAAGAUGAUCCACUGGAAUCUGCUCUAGAUUCUGUGAAACGUCAGCCAUCAUCAUUGGCAAAACCAAACAUUUUUGUUCCAAAAAGGCAACUUAUACAUCUUAGUACUCCUAAUAAAAACAAUUCAGGUCAUCUUCAGAGGUUGGAGGCUCGAGCAAGAAGAUUUAAGCCACCAAGACUUGAUGAAUGGUAUAAGCCUAUACUAGAGAUAGAUUAUUUUGCAACAAUAGGAUUAACAUCAGCAAGUGAAGACAGUCGAUGCACAUUUGGAAAGUUGAAGGAAGUUCCUGUUUGUUUUCAAUCACCUGAAGAGUAUAUCAGCAUUUUUCGGCCAUUGGUUUUGGAGGAGUUCAAAGCGCAGUUACAAAGCUCUUUUCAAGAAAUUCCUUCAUGGGAGGAGAUGUGCUUCGGUGUUUUAUCAGUGCUUGCAGUUGAAAGAGUUGAUGAUUUUCAUCUUGUUCGCUUUGCGCAUGAUAACGAUGACCCUACAUCAUCAAAAAGCUUCUCAGAAAAUGACCUUGUUUUGUUUACAAAAGAGCAUCCGCAAAAAUCAUCUCAUGAUUUUCAUAUGGUUGGAAAGGUGGAGAGGCGCGAGAGAGACUAUAAAAGAAGGUUAACUAUCUUGCUUAUCAGAUUCUAUAUGCAAAAUGGUACUUCACGUUUAAAUCAAGCUAGAAGGAAUCUCCUUGAACGCAGUAAAUGGCAUGCGAGUCGCAUUAUGAGCAUUACUCCUCAGCUUCGAGAAUUUCAGGCAUUAUCUUCAAUAAAGGAGAUCCCCUUGCUUCCAACUAUCUUGAAACCUAUAAAUGAUGAUGGUCCUGGCUCUAAUGAGAUUUCAAAAGUUGAUCUGAGUAAGCUAUCUCAACCACUGCAGCUAAUGUUGAAGUCGUCCUUUAAUGAUAGUCAGCUUCAUGCUAUCAGUGUUGCAAUUGGACCACGCAAUUCAAGGAAAAAUGUAGAAUUAUCAUUAAUCCAGGGUCCUCCAGGUACUGGUAAGACUCGAACUAUUUUGGCUAUUGCCAGUGGUUUGCUUGCAUCGCCCUCAGAAAAGUCAGAUCAAGCAGAUAAUUUUCUUGCUGGUAGUGUGAGAAAAAGUAGUUCUUUAUCAACUAAGAUUAGUCAGACUGCUGCUGUUGCAAGGGCUUGGCAGGAUGCUGCCUUGGCUAAGCAAUUAAACGAGGACAUGCAAAGGAAUUCAAAAUCUAGCGAUGCUUAUGUCAGACGAAGGGUGCUUAUUUGUGCUCAGUCUAAUGCUGCAGUUGAUGAGUUGGUGUCGAGAAUAUCUAGUCAAGGCCUUUAUCGCAGUGAUGGGAAGAUGUAUAAGCCGUAUCUUGUAAGGGUUGGAAAUUUGAAAACAGUUCAUCCAAAUUCUUUACCAUUCUUUAUUGAUACACUAGUGGAUCAUCGUCUAGCAGAUGAGAAGAUUAAGUUGAAUGACGCAAAGAAUAAUGAGAAUGUCUCUUCUUCAAUAACACUGCGGUCUAAUUUAGAGAAAAUAGUUGAUCGUAUACGAUUUUACGAAGCCAAGCGUGCUAACUUAAGUGAUGAAAAUAUUGACCUCAAGAAGUCUUUGGAAGAUGACAGUCACAAGAAAGAUGAUCUGAAGGUAAUGUCUGAUGCAGAGGUACAGAGGAAGCUAAGAAAACUCUAUGAGCAAAAGAAGCAAAUCUAUAAAGAUCUUAGCAUUGCUCAGGCGCAGGAAAAGAAAACUAAUGAAGAACUUAAGGGACUUAAAUAUAAACUUCGGAAAUCUAUUCUAAGAGAAGCUGAAAUAGUGGUGACUACAUUAAGCGGCUGUGGUGGAGAUCUAUAUGCAGUAUGUUCUGAAUCAAUAUCAGGUCCUAAGUUUGGCAGUCCAUCUGAACACACUCUUUUUGAUGCUGUUGUGAUUGACGAAGCUGCUCAAGCUCUGGAACCUGCAACACUGAUACCUCUUCAGCUGUUAAAGUCAAAUGGGGUCAAAUGUAUCAUGGUUGGCGAUCCCAAGCAGCUUCCUGCAACGGUCCUUUCAAAUGUUGCAAGUAAAUUUCUCUUUGAAUGUAGCAUGUUUGAACGUUUGCAAAAGGCUGGUCACCCGGUUGUUAUGCUGACCAAACAGUAUAGAAUGCACCCAGAGAUCUGCUGGUUUCCUUCUUUGCAUUUUUAUGAGAGGAAAUUGCUGAACGGCGAAAUGUCUAGCAAACUAGCACCAUUUCAUGAGACCGAGGCCCUUGGGCCUUAUGUUUUUUAUGAUAUUGUUGAUGGUCGAGAGCUUCGUGGUAAGAAUUCUGGGGCUUUGUCCCUUUAUAACGAGCACGAGGCCAAUGCUGCAACUGAAGUUGUUAAGUUUUUCAAGAAUAGGUAUGCAUCUGAAUAUUUUGCUGGAAGAAUUGGGAUUAUCACUCCAUACAAGUGUCAACUGUCAUUCUUGCGUUCUCGGUUUUCAAAUGUUUUUGGAUCUUCUAUCAUAGAUGAGAUAGAAUUUAAUACUGUUGAUGGUUUCCAAGGACGGGAGGUUGACAUACUAAUACUUUCCACCGUAAGAGCAGCUGAGACAAACUCUACUGGGCCUGGGAUUAACUCAAGCAAUAUUGGAUUUGUUGCUGAUGUAAGACGCAUGAAUGUUGCUUUGACAAGAGCCAAAUUUUCACUUUGGAUUAUUGGUAAUGCAAGGACAUUGAAGACAAACAAAAACUGGGCCGCUCUCAUCAAGGAUGCCAGUAAGAGAAAUCUAGUCAGAACAGUUAAAGUCCCCUAUCGGAAUAUGUUUAAAGGACCUCUACAAAAAAAUAGUGCUUCAGAGAGCUAUGAUAACCCUUUGACAGAGCUAAAAUAUAAUGAGGCUGAUAAUGCUGGACAGCAUGUGAAAAAAAGUAAGAGUUCAAAGAGAGAGGGUAAAAUGAGAACUGAUGAUAUAUACAAGGGAGCUAAGAGCAGAGAUAAUGGGCGCGGAAAAGAUUUUUCAGCUACUCGAGAUGAAAUGGGAAUAAAUAAAAGGAGUGGUAGAGAGGGACUUAAUGCAUCGGUGAAGGAUUCAUCCUCUCUAGCUGCAAUUUGUAACAACAAAUCUUCCGAGGAUAAGAAGUUCACAACAACAGGGGAGCAUGUUGCAAAUGACGAGUUUAAAGGAAAAGAGAGAAGUGAAAAGAAAUUUAGAUUAGAGAACUCUCACAAGGGAAAGAGAAAAACUAAACUAGAAGAUUCAAGGGAAAAUGUGGACCACCCUGAACAAGAUGGCGGAGAUAAAGUUUUGAAAGCGCAAGUGCCUAAAAGACACAAAACAUUUUCUGGUGGUGAUGCAAGCCGGGGGAAUCAGGAAGGUUCAAUUCCCUCUGCUGCAAUCAGCCACAAGGAGAGGGAUUUAAAUGAUAGAGGAAGAGAUUCAAAUCAAGCCGGCCCUUCAGAUCUAAUUGCAAAAAGGAAAAAGCAGCGUGAAGCUGUUGAUGCUAUUCUUUACUCAGCUCUUAUUCCUUCAAAAAAGUCUGAGACUUCAGCCAAACCACUUCCAUCUAAAAGACAUUCCUCCUCGUCAUCAACACCGAGUGUUGGGAUCAAACCAUCCAAGAACAGAAAAGAUUAACUAAAAUCUCUGCUUUACUGCUUAUUAAGCAUUUUUGUCAAGUACGUGUACAAUCGAGGAAAUCUGCUGGGACGUUAUUUGAAGAUUGUCUUUUGAUAAGGUGAAGCAUUUCAUUUGUGUAUCGUAUAGGUGAUAGGCUAUAUAGCUUUGUAUCUUCAAUUUUGUGUAAAUCUUGGAAUGUAAAUAGUAUAGGUGGUUUGGUCUAUGCCAUGCUUAGCUCAAAAACUUUCUUAGAAUAGUACCAACUUCCAAUAUUUAUGUCUUUGCAGCAUUCCCAAGCUAAUGACCAAACCAAUUUUGAAAUGUGAAAAUGGAUUGAGAACCUGUUUUGACUCUAAAACUUGGAGAAACAGACAUAAUUUCUAAACGUUCCCAAUAAGAUUACCUCAUUUGAGAAAA